UCCACCAAAGUCUCCAAAAUAUUAAUAUUAAUAUUCAAAUCAAAUCUAAAAGAUUACCUAAAGCAAAAUUUCAUUUUCUUCAUUGUCAGGUUUGUUCAUGCGCUGACUAGAAAAUCCGAUCAUUCCUAGCGAAAAUAACCAAAGAAAAAAAAAUAACCCUAAAAAAGCUUGAAUUUCUUCUCCUUAAAUAAUCAUAUCAAUAUUCCUAUCAAAUUUGGUUGAGACAUAGCCAUGACUACCGGUGAAUUCAUCAAUAUUUAUCCCUCAGAGCUCAAAUUCCCAUUUGAGUUGAGGAAGCAGAGUUCAUGUUCUUUGCAAUUAAGUAACAAGACUGAUCAAUACAUUGCAUUCAAGGUUAAGACGACAAACCCGAAGAAGUACUGUGUUAGGCCUAAUGCUGGUGUUGUUUUGCCUGGUUCUUCAUGCAAUGUGACAGUUACAAUGCAAGCACAGAAAGAGGCACCUCCUGAUAUGCAGUGCAAGGAUAAGUUUUUAAUUCAGAGUGCUAUAGCACCCAAUGGUACAACUAAUAAAGACAUCACUCCAGAAAUUUUCAAUAAGGAGGAUGGGAAAAUUAUUGAUGAAUUUAAAUUGAGGGUUGUUUAUUUUCCCGCAAAUCCUCCCUCUCCCGUGCCUGAAGGGUCUGAAGAAGGCGGUUCUCCCAGGACCUCGUUGACUGAAGAUGAGAGUAAAAGCUCUUCGCUUCCAGAAGCAGUGUCACGAUCUUUGGAGGAGCCGAAAGCAAAAUCAUCCCCUUCGGAGGCAUGGUCUUUGAUUUCGAGGUUAACUAAGGAGAAAGCUUCUGCUCUUCAACAAAAUCAGAAAUUACGUCAGGAAUUGGAGCUGGUAAGAAAAGAAAACAGCAAAAGCAAUGCUGGCGGCUUCUCGAUGCUGUUCGUUGUGCUGAUUGGUCUUAUAGGUCUUUUGGUUGGGUACCUGAUCAAGAAGACUUAGUUGGAACGAGACGCUCUUUGAUUCAUAGUUGCAUGCCCAGAAAAAGUUGAUGGCAUCCUAGAAUUUUAUUUUUCCCCUUUUUCCUUACGGACUUCUGCACUAGAAGUAGGUCGUUCUGCAGUCAUCUACAGUGUAAAAAUAUUAUAGUUCUUUAUGUAUUAUGGGCAUUUGAAUACUUGAUUCGAUUUUAACUAGAGUAGGAAAUUAUUCAAUAGCUUCUUUAUUCAUGUGAACAAGAAGCUGUUAUAUUUCUUGAAAGUGAAGUUUCUCAUCACCAAGUGUCCUGCGAUUGGUUCCUGGUGAAGCCAAUGACAUUCUUUUCGUGUCAUCUUCUAUUUUUGUGGAUAACUUCUAAAUGGUACUCAGAAUUUUUUUGUCA